UUGACGGACACCCUCACCAUGUCCAAUUUUUCAGUCUGUCUAUCUACGGCUUGCCUCGGUCGAAGUCUACGUCAGUCUGGCUCAUUAAUGAUGGAGGUACACAGCACGGGAUGACAGGCUGGAUAAAACGGACCCCAAGCCGUUGGAAAUGCCUUACUAUAUAUAAUGGAGAUAUCACAUUCAUGUGACUGGACUCGGACAUCCUUUCUUCCUCCCUUCCAAUUCAUCAUGACGAUUCACCAUAUCAUCUUAUACAAGUUCAAGCCCGAAGCAACCCCAGAACAACGACAGAGCGUGAAAGACGCUGCCAACGCCCUUGCAUCGCAGAUACCUGAAAUACAAAGCCUCGUCACUGGCGAAACAGUUUUCAAUCCCCGUGGACAUGGCUAUGAUGCUGGGGUUAUUUUUCUAUUUGAGAGCACAGUCACAUUGAGCGAAUAUCGCGUGCACAAGGCGCAUGUUGAUUAUCAGGCGUUCUCAGCACCUUACCUUGAGGACAAACUCAUUUUUGAUAUCGAGACAGCUUAGAGGGGAAAGUACUGAGCUUGAUAUCAUGCUGUACGUACGUACUUGUGUAUAUGGCUAAAUCUACUGCACGUACCAUGAAUCUAAACAUGAUGGAAUUGAUCAUCUUCACAUUCGUGUUCCGACUAUGAUUUCUAUGUAGGCAGGUAUUUUUGUCGCCCGGGUACUUGCAGGCACAUCGGCCAUCCAAUUAGUUGUCAUACGUACACCUCUCGCACUUAAAUAGAGAAUGCUCACACUGCCAAAUUAUCACACGUCCGAGCGACCAUUCAC